AUGCCAGACACACAGGCCUGCGAUAAGAAGCUUACCUGCGUGAAUUACGGCUUGACACUGGACGCAGAGACAGGGGCACUGCAGCUUGCAGAAGGCUGUGCCAAGCUUGGAUGCUGGAAGUCGCCGAUAGAGGUGGACUGCGUCGUGACGGCCCACGAGGAGGUAGGCUUGGCAGCCUCGGCCAAGCUGUCCGUCCGUGUCGGAAUGAUCAGCUACGGUUCGAACCCUUUGCUUCUGCUUCCCGGUGUUGAGUACGUUCCGGUGCAGCAGUCCUCACUGGCCGUCAACGAUGCCAUUUUCAAGCUGGCUUGUGCACCCACGCCUACGUGGCUGCAGAUCGAUGAGAGCACUGGUGCCCUGUCAGGUGCUCUAUCAGGGGUUCACCAAGCGAACUCCUCGUCUUCCGUGCUAACCGACGAUGAGGGUGGUUUCCUCGGAGUCGGUGCGACAUGCACGGUGCACAAGGGUGCCAGCAAGACGCAGGUUGUGGUCAUGGCACCGCAUGCAUGGAACUCCAUGUCCUUUUCCUACGGCCCGGAGACCACCCUCUAUGCGACCUUGGGAGAGAAGUCACCCAUCCUGGAAGUCAAGGGAGGAGCUGGGGAGCCGCCAAACCGCUUCGACGCCGCUUGCGGACAGCUUGCGGAGCACGGCAUGGAACCGGACCCGAAGUUCGCCUUUGACGUUAACACGGGAAUUGCGACGUACUCCGACCACCAGAUCUUCACCCUGGAGGUUUCAAGCGGGCACCUGCAGCUCACUCCGGAAGAAGCCUUGAGUGCCGUCCUCCCGCAGACGGGCUAUUAUGACUUUUACGGCCGGGCAACUUUGCACUUCACGUGCAGGAUCUAUGGUGUUUACACGUGGGAAUCCAUCGGCAAGAGCAAGAUCAUAACUCACGAUCUGAGGAUCGCGAUUCGUGACCACACUUGCUGGCUGAAAUCCAGCGUAAGUUACCAAGCCUGGAAAACCCUGGGACCAGCAGGAGAUGGAGGAAUGUCAGAGUGCCGUUUACUCUGUCGCAAGGAUCCAUCCUGCACACACAUCUGGCUUUCCGGGCCCUUUUGCAAAACUGCGUUCCGACUGUGCUCCGAUAUGGACUGCCACUUCAAGCACUCGAAGAUGACAGCGCGUUACCCGCAUUGUGGAGAGCGCCACAGCUGCAUCAACAUCCAGCUGCCGGGCUACCACUACGUAUCGGGCAAGUACCUUGGCAACCUCUGUGCCGGUGUGAUGUGCACGUGGACCAUUCUGCUUCCCCUCAGACUCAGACUCACCACAAACCACGUGGCGAUGCCGGCCAUCUAG